AUGGGUGUAACAGUGUACGCUGGCCUGGUGGGGGCGCUGUUACUGUGUGUGGUGCUGGUGCUGUGUGUGGGGGUGUUGGCAUACCGACGCAACUGUCGCCAUCUCCACGGCGAUAUCACUGACUCCUCCUCCGCCCUCACCACAGCCUUCCAGCCCGGCAACUACAAACCACCCAGACAGGACAACCCUCACCUCCUCCACCCCUCUGCGCCCCCGGACCUGACAGCCACAGCGUGUACCUUCAGGGAUCCUCUCUUCUCCCUGCAGCAGGGUGCCAACGAUGGUCACCACAAGAUCCCCAUGACAACGUCUCCCCUGCUGGACCCCCUGCCCAGCCUCAAGAUCAAGGUGUACAACUCAUCUAACCUGUCAUCCCUGGAGUUACCAGCAGAGGGCCACAGCGACCCUGAGAUCCUCAGCCUGAAACAUGUUGGCAUGGGGGUCACCAUGGUACGGGACAGAGACGGGCAUCAUACACUGUCCAGAGAGCCUGGCCACAGCACCUCCGUUACCCUGGGCAACCUGGGGGGACGCCUUACCAUCCCCUCUCCAGGUGUGAGUCUGUUGGUUCCAUCAGGUACUAUUCCUCAGGGGAAGUUCUAUGAGAUCUACCUCACCAUCAACAAGUGGGAGAAAACCACGUUGCCGUCGGAGGGCAGUCAGACAGUGCUGAGCCCGGUGGUGAGCUGUGGUCCAUCAGGCAUGCUACUGAGUCGACCUGUGGUCCUCACUCUGCCACACUGUGCCCAGCUAGAUACCCCAACACCAGACUGGACCCUCACCCUCAAGACACAGACACACCAAGGGGCAUGGGAGGAGGUGCUGACGGUGGGAGAGGAGAGUCUAUCGUCCCCCUGCUACCUCCAGCUAGAGGAGUCUAACUGCCACGUGGUGAUGGAGCAGUUGGGGACCUACGGUCUAGUGGGCCAGUCCUGCCCUCCCCAGCCCGCCUGUAAGAGGCUACAGCUGGCCCUGUUCGCCCCCAGAGCCCCCUGUCUCUCCCUGGAUUACAUCCUGAGGAUUUACUGCACACAGGACACACCACACGCCCUGAAGGAGGUGUUGGAGUUGGAGAGGAGUCUAGGGGGGGUGUUGCUGGAGGACCCUAAACCCCUGCUGUUUAAAGAUAGCUACCACAACUUGCGUCUGUCCAUCCAUGACAUCCCUCACUCGCAAUGGAGAAGCAAACUACUGGCCAAGUACCAGGAGAUUCCAUUCUACCACAUCUGGAGUGGUGGUCAGAGACCCCUUCACUGUACCUUCAACCUAGAGAGAGGCAGCCUGGCCGUGUCUCAGCUCACCUGUAAGAUCUGCGUCAGACAGGUGGAAGGAGAGGGACAGAUCUUCCAACUGCACACAGACAUACAGGAGAGCCUCCCGCCCUGCUUCCCCCUCCCCUCCGUGGGUACCUGCCUGCCCUCCUCCCAGGCGGGACCCUAUGCCUUCCGUCUGCCCACCUCCAUACGACAGAAGAUCUGUGCCAGUCUGGAUGCCCCCAGCGCCCGCGGCUGUGACUGGAGACUACUGGCACACAGCCUGGGCUUCGACAGGUAUCUAAACUACUUUGCAACAAAGCCCAGCCCCACAGCUGUUCUGUUGGACCUAUGGGAGGCCUGUCACCAAGGCGAUGCGGACCUGGUGUCCCUGGCGACAGCACUCGAGGAGAUGGGCAAAAGUGAGGUCCUGGUUGUCAUGGCGACAGACGGCGAUUGCUGA